GUAACAAAAAAAAAAGUUUUGGAACAUACACAAAAUAUUAUUAUUAACGGAUUAAUGACGAUGCGUGUGAAAGAUUUUCCCGUAUAAAUGACACGAUUAAGUCAUCAUCAACGUUCCUCGUUGGCAGCAACGAACAAAACAACAACAACAACAAAGGAAAAAUGUGUGAAAAGAAAAAUUUGAUGGAAAAUUGUGAUUUAGUAUCCCUCGGAGGGCGAUAAAUUUCCCUCGCUAAAAACGACGACGUUGCGCAAGGUCAUGUCUCUUGCGAACGAACGAGUGAACUAAACAUAAUCUAAUCUUCUAUCAACUGGUAAAUUAGAGACAAACAAGCCAACGAACGAAAAGAAAAGAAAAUUUGUCAUAAAAAAACGGAGGAAAAUCAUGUUUCCGGUUGUAUUUUGACGGAUAAAUAUUACAACCUCACCGACAACAAAGAAUUGUCAGUCAGUCAAAAAAAGUGAAAAAAAAAGAAUAAAAAGAAAAAGGAAAAACGACGACAAAAAAUUAUUUAUAUGAUAAUACAGGAAAAAAAAAUUUCCACAAAUUUUUGUCGUUUAUUUUUACAUAAAAAAAAUAGAAGAGAAAAAAAGAAAAAGUGAAAAAAAUAAAAAAAAAAUAUGUGGCUUGAAAAAUUCCUCCUUAUGUACAUGCUGACGGUAUUCAAUUCACUUGAUGGAUAUUUUUUAGAUAAUCAAUUACAAAAUACAGGACGACACAGACGGAAAGAAUCGAAAGACAUGAAAAUGCAGCACAAUAGUAGUAAUAGUUUAGCGAUAGGAUCAAACAACAGUCAAUUUCUUACGAAAAACAACACGAGAGUCGUUAGUCAACGCGGCGGCUUCGCCAUUUUGCCAUGCAGUGUCACAAUGUCAACACCCGCCACUAUAUCCUGGUUUCGGAAAAAGGAUAAAACGCUGCUGACUGUCGGCUUGUCAACGUAUAGUAGUGAUGAUCGCUUCUUCGUUGAACAUACGCGCCAUUUGGGGAAUUGGGCGUUGCGGAUAAAGAACGCACGCGAAGACGACGAAGGUCUGUACGAGUGCCAAAUUUCAUCGCAUCCGCCGCAAUCGAUAUUUAUCGAGCUGCGAAUAGUUGAGGCCGUAGCUGAAAUAAUUGAAGCACCUGAUUUACAUAUUAAUGAAGGGUCAACAUUGCGUUUAGAAUGUAAAUUAAAAAGAGCUACGGAGAGUCCGUUGUAUGUGUUUUGGUAUCAUGAAGAUCGCAUGGUCAACUAUGACGUAGAUGAUGGCAUAACAGUAGCAAAUACAAAGUUCUCAUCAAGCGUGUUGACGGUGCGGAAUGCAACAGCAAGACACGGCGGUAAUUACACGUGUGCUCCAGCAAAUGCACGACAAGCCAGUAUUUAUGUUCAUGUGCUCAAAGGUGAAAAGCCAGCAGCAAUGCAGCAUCCAGACAAAACAACAGCAGCUACAUCAUCCUCGUCGUCAACUCUCAUACAUUUUGUGCAUUAUAUCCCGACUUAA